AUGGCCUUCCUCAAAAACCCCUGUCGGCUGCCAAAAGCACGUUCUGGCAUGUUCCCAGGAUCAUUGGCGACGAGGAGAUGUUUCUCUAGCACCGUGGGAGCCAGGCGUCUCCCAGAGCUGGGCUGCAAGUCUGCCACUACGUUAAGCACCGCGCCAGCCAUCGGCACUUGUCCGUUUCGCGAACCCGUUAGCGGCUAUUCGCAGCCACCGUUGGAGUACCGCAUGGUAUCAGCAUCCGGCAUCCCUCGCCUACUUGCGGAACGAGCUCCCCAUCUGGACUCCGAGGACUACAAGGCAGCGGCGCACAUCUUCCCGAUGCGUGCCAACAACUAUGUCGUAGAGCAGCUGAUCGACUGGACCAACGUCCCGAACGACCCCAUCUUUCGGCUGGUCUUUCCGCAGCCUGGCAUGCUAGCCGCCUCCGAGCUACAGCGACUCAAGCUGGCGCUUCGCAGCAAUGUCGACAACGUGACCAUCCGGGCAAUUGCUGAGCAGAUCCGAGCCAAGCUCAAUCCUCAUCCUGCAAAUCAAAAGACGGAAAAUGGUCCCAGAGAUCCAGCCCGGCCUCACAAAACGGAAGCAUCUCUGCCGGGGAUCCAGCAUAAGUACCGCGAGACGGUGCUCUUUUUCCCAACAGAGGCGCAGUACUGUCACAGCUUCUGCACCUAUUGCUUCCGAUGGGCGCAAUUCACAGAGGUGGGAUCGGAACAGACAUUCCAGUCCAAGGAUGCGCAUCGUCUCGCCGACUACCUCGCACACAGUCCUGAUGUCAGCGACCUGCUUUUCACCGGCGGCGAUCCGAUGGUGAUGAAGACUCGGCACUGGCAGCGCUAUCUCACCCCCAUCUUCGAAGACGAACGCCUGUCGCAUCUGGCGACGAUCCGGAUCGGGACCAAAUCGCUGGCGUACUGGCCAGAGAGAUUUGUCAACGAUGCCGACGCCGCCUCGACCUUGCAACUCUUCCGGCGAAUUUGCGACAGUGGUCGACAGUUGUCGAUUAUGGCGCACUUCUCCCAUCCUGUAGAGCUGAGCACGCCGCUCGUGAAGGAGGCCGUGCGAAGGAUCAGAUCCACGGGCGCGCAGAUUCGCUGUCAAGCUCCCCUCGUACGCGGUAUCAAUGACGAUCCGGCAACGUGGGCCAAUAUGUGGCGCAAACAGGUGCGCAUGGGCAUGGUGCCGUACUACAUGUUUGUGGAAAGAGACACGGGCGCCAAGCACUUCUUCGAGGUGCCUCUGCAACGAGCCUUUGAGAUCUACAAAACAGCCCGUAAGUACUUCUGCAUCCUCCUUAUUUGCUUACGACUCAAUGCUGACUUGACGCAAGCUUUGACACCGGCAGUGUCGAGUGUUGCCGGAACAGCUAGAACUGUCCAAGGACCAUCGAUGUCAGCUUCCCCGGGCAAAAUCCAGGUGGUGGGCAUCGCUGAAGUUCCCUCACCAACGCCAGGUGCUGGAGCCACGCAACCCGAACACGAGAAGGUCUUUGUUCUGCGCUUCCUCCAAGCCAGGAGUCCGUCUUGGUGCCGAGAGACCAUGUUUGCAAGGUUCGACGCAAACGCCAGCUGGUUCGACGAGCUCGUGCCCGCGUUCAGUGCGAAAGAGUGGUUCUUCGAGCGCGAGUACGAACGGAUCCGACGACAAAGUGGCAAGCUCGGCUCAAGCGGCCAGCAGUACCCGCUGGACGACAAGAUGCGAGCUAGUCUCUCGAUGUGA